AAAAUUGGUAUCAUUUCGAUGUAUUGGGCAACAACUAAUUGCGCAAUCUUGAUAAAAUUUUGUGUCAUGAUUCGUGAUAACAUGUGAUACUAAAAGGUCAUACUACACAUAUAAACAUCAGUGAACUUGUAUAAUGCUUAACACAGUUUAACAUGCAAAAAAACCGUAAACGUGGAUAUACUUGAGAGCGAAACGCUAUUUACAAGUAGUGUGGUAGGAGUAAUCCUACACAUAAGCAACAGCACAAAUCACCUGCAAUAUGGCAGCUUUAACAUCAGCUAAAAGUGUUUUGAGAAAAGAAAUCAAGGACAUUCUUAAAAACAUUAGCUUAGAAGAAAGAAAAGAGCAAUCUGCAAAUGUAUUUAAAAAGAUAUGCUUGUUGAAGCAAUUUCAAGAUAGCAAGAGAAUUUCUCUGUACUUGAGUACUAAAGAUGAAAUCGACACUCUGCCUAUCUUGAAACACAUAUUUGAUAUGGGAAAAGAGGCAUUUGUACCGCAAUAUUGUGGAAAAAUUAUGGAAAUGGUAAAACUAAGGUCGAUGGAGGAUUAUGAAACAUUGCCACUAACACAAUGGAACAUUAAACAACCAAGCACUACUGAAAGUCGCGAAAAUGCAUUAGAAACAGGUGGAUUAGAUUUGAUAAUUUUGCCGGGUGUGGCUUUCACGUCGAAUGGAAAACGCCUGGGACAUGGAAUGGGUUACUACGACAAGUACUUAAAGAGAUGUUUUCAAAAACAAGGUAUAAAGCCAUAUCUAGUAGCGGUAGCAUUUAAAGAACAGAUACAAGAAGAUAUUCCUGCUAAUGAAGACGACGUGCCUGUUAAUAUUGUACUUACUGGACAAUAAAUAAUAUAAUAAAAAAAUUUAUAAUUUUA